AUGGACGGAAUCAUAGAAAAAGACUUCUUAGCAGUAAUUACCAUGAAGGGGCAUACGAGAGGUUGUGAUUUUAUGGAAGUUCUAAAAGAAUUUGUGGAAAAACAUAGAAUACCUGUAAAAAAGUUGAUAUCAGUGUGUACUGAUGGUUGUCCAUCAAUGGUGGGUGCAACUAAUGGUUUGAUUGCUUUAAUGAAGGAGGAAUGGAAUUUACCUGAUUUGUUGCCCAUUCAUUGCUUGCUGCAUCAAGAAACUUUGUCAUGUAAAAUUUCGAAUAACAAAUUGAAAGAUGUUAUGAAUACGAUUGUGAGCAUUAUACAUUUUAUUCGUGCGCGCGAACUUAAUCAUCGAAAAUUCAAAGAUCUUGAAGAAUUACAAGCUAAUUAUGGCGAUGUUAUCUUGCAUACGGCCAUCAGAUGGUUAAGCAAAGGAAAAGUAUUAGAACGGUUCUUUCAUUUGAAACACGAAAUAAUACUUUUUUUUCAACAAAGUGGCAAAGAAUUCCCUCAACUACAGCAAAAUGAAUGGUGGGCACUUGCGGCUUUUUUGACCGAUAUUACCAUGAAAUUCAAUAAUCUAAAUUUAGAGAUGCAAGGACCUAAUAAGAUAAUUGGGCAAAUGACAAAUAAAGUGUUCGCAUUUAAGGACAUACUGCAGUUAUACAUAAAUGAGCUCGAAGCAGGAGAUUUUUCAAAUUUUCCAACUGUUGCUGCUCUGCAAUCUAAAGUGUUUAUUCCAGACAGUACUAUCUCUCAAGAUAUGAUAUCCUAUUCGAAAGAAUAUCUGUUAGAAAUUCAAAAUAGAUUAGACGAUGUGAGAAAAAUCAAGAACUGUUUUAUACUCGUGGAAAACCCUUGGCAUGUUGAAAACGAAGAUAUGGAAUUAUUCUGCCAGUUUGGAUUUUCUAAAACACAGUUGAUGAAUGAAAUCAUUGAACUAAAGCACGACACGCAGCUGAAAGAUAAUUUCGUUAAACACCGUGAAUACCAGGAGUAUAUUGAGUUUUUGAAAAAUGCCCUAUAA